UAAACCGAAUUGGAUGUACACGAUAGAAAUGACUGACAACGACUUGGAGUAUUUCUGACCAUUACCGUGGACUGUGUCGCUUUUAGUUUGGUCUUUUUUAUAUAUAUUUGUCUCCAGCACCAUUAUACUCGUGUAUAUUCACUACUGCUGGCUGUCGCGGUCAGUUUAACUAUGAAUGACUGACUAGUUUAGCAUGAAGCUAGCUUGAUGUUCCAUUCAAUACGCCAGUGAUUGGAAUACUCCAUACAUUACCACGAAGCAGAUAUUUACACUCUGAAACGAAUUCUCCGCGAGCGUUAGCCUACUUCCUGACCUAACACUGGACACACAGUGACGUUAAACAGCUUUAGCGAUUGUAUUUAGCAAGCUAGCUUGUUAGGUAAUAUAAGACUUCUUGUGUCGUGGUGCAGAAACUCGUACAACAUUUUAAAAAAAAAAUUAGCAACUAAAUCUGUGUACCUAAUGACAAAACUCGAAACAGCUAACCCUUAAUGAACGAAUGUCUUGAGGCGAUUGUAAGCUAACUGAACUAGCUCGAAGCGCGAGCGCAGCUCACGCGCUUGUUUUCAAGCUGCACGAGGGAGAAAACAAAAACAGAAAGAAGAGGAUCAUUAAAAAUGUCGGAUUUAAACCGAGACGUUGUGGAGCUGGUGUGGGGAAAGCAGGCGAGCAGCAGCGGGGUGUCUGCGCCUCUGUUCCGCAGGUGGACCCAAGGUUUUGUCUUCAGCGAGACAGAGCACAGUGCACUGGAGCAGUUUGAAGGUGGACCAUGCGCUGUGAUUGCCCCUGUGCAGGCAUUCCUGUUGAAGAACAUCCUGUUUAACAUGGAGAGCGCAAACUGGAGAAAUAUCUCUGAGGAAGAGCAGCGCUUAGCCCUGUGCUCUACUUUCACUGAGAUUCUGGUGUCUGCCUGCAUUGGCAAGACCCACAACUUCUGCUUGGCCACGUGGGCUUCCUCCAAAUCCACAGAGGAGAACAGGGACAUCACUGAAGACCACACCGAACCAGAAUCCAGUCAGAACACACAGACAGAAUCCAGUCAGAACACACAGCAGCAACCCACUGCUUUGGCUGUUGAGGAGCUUGGCUUUGAGCGGUUUCACAGCAUGGUACAUAAAAGGACACUAAAGACUGUUGCAGAGCUAAAGGAGUUAAUACUAUCACUGUAUGACACUUGGAGGAAUAAAUUUGGUGUCUUGCUCUUCCUGUAUUCUGUAAUACUUACAAAGGGUAUUGAGAAUAUAAAAAACGAAAUCGAGGACACUUCAGAGCCGCUUAUUGACCCUGUGUAUGGCCAUGGCAGUCAAAGCCUGAUCAACCUGCUGGUCACUGGACAUGCAGUGUCAAAUGUUUGGGAUGGAGACAGGGAAUGCUCAGGAAUGAAGCUUCAUGGGAUUCAUGAACAGGCUACUGUUGGCUUUCUCACACUAAUGGAAUCGCUGCGAUACUGCAAGGUUGGCUCAUUUCUCAAAUCUCCGAAGUUCCCUAUAUGGAUCCUUGGCAGUGAGACCCAUCUCUCUGUGUUUUUCACAAAGGAGAUGUCUCUGGUGGCCCCCGAAUCACCGUCAGAACAGGCCAGAAGAGUGUUUCAGACCUUCGAUCCAGAAGAUAACGGGUUCAUUCCCGACACGCUGCUCGAAGACGUUAUGAAGGCUUUGGAUCUGGUCUCGGAACCUGAGUACGUCAAUCUGAUGAAGAGUAAGCUGGAUCCUGAGGGACUAGGAAUUGUUUUGUUGGGCCCAUUCCUGCUCGAGUUCUUCCCCGAUCAGGACUCAGGGAUUCCAGACUCAUUUCCUGUGUACCACUAUAACGGCCUGAAGCAGUCCAACCACAAUGAGAAGGUGAGCUAUGUCGAAGGCACUGCUUUAGUCCUGGGCUUCGAGGAUCCCAUGGUGCGUACAGACGACACCCCGAUCAAGCGCUGCCUCCAGACAAAGUGGCCGUACAUCGAGCUUCUGUGGACCACAGAGAGAUCUCCUUCCCUAAAUUAACCACCAACGUCUCUCCUCUCACUUCAGGACCCCUGCACGAUCUCUCCACACCAUAAAUAUCAGGAGAAUGGCAUAGCGCCUGAACUAAAUACCCCCAGAGAAACUGAUCGAUGCUGCCUGAUUCGCAUCGGCUCGCUUGCUCUAAUCCUUUAUUUAUCAAAUUUCAUCCAGCUUGUAUGUUUAAAGGGGGGGGGGGUCGUUUAAUAUUAGAAAACCCUUAUAUCGAACAAUGAUUUUCACUUUUUUUUUUCCCCAGAAGGUGUUAAUAUUUUGUUGUUGUUGUUGUUUGCAGAUUUUCUACAGAUUUUUUUCUGGUUGAUUUGUUUACAAGGCUAAAAGUUAAAUGAACAUGUUGAUGAAGCAAGGCCUACUUGAGCUGACCAGUUGAGUCAUUGAUGGAUAUGUGGCUAGAUAACUGUACAUUUGUAGAUAUGAUGGUGGUAAAAGGUAAAAGUGUCCAAGGUUUAAUCUGACCAAAGCCUCCUGGUGCUCCAGGCCACAUUCUGCAGUGUUUACGUAACUUGGAGAAAAGAAAGCCGGGUUCGGUUUAGACCGGUUUUAAAAAGGAAUGCACUACAACCCAAAACACGGCACAGGAAGAGAGAGGAGGAGGAGGAGAAGGAGGAUAAAGAGACAGAUUAGUAGGGGGAAUGGCGAGACAGUAUUGGUAUUUGAUCUUGGACAUGACUUUAAAAAUUUCUUUUUUUGUUCACCACAGCAGUAACACCUAUUUAUUGUUCACUGCCUCCGAGGCAAAGGGAUGAACAACCAUGUGUACACAUUAUUUAUUCUGACCCAGAUGAUUCACCAAAAUAAACUUUUUAUGUCUUCUUGCCUGGA